UCGCGUUUGGCUCGUUAUAAAAGCAGACGAUCAUAGGGACAAACGAUCACAGUUCACUUGCAACGUUUUCGCGAUCAUAUCCAAUCGACCAACGCACUCAACUGAGACCAUGAAGGGCUUCAUCGCGAUCGCUGUGUUGGUUCUGGCCACCGUCUCCCAGGGAUCGUAUCUGCCAGCGGUGCAGUCAGUCCUUCCGUACGCCUACAGCUCUGGACUCCACGGUCUGGGUGCCUAUGAUGGUCUGGGUCAUUACUCGUCGCUCGGUGGACUGGGAUACUCAUCGGUACUGGAUCAUGGCCUUUCCUACCCGUACUCGGCCGCUCUUCCGUACUCUGUCUACAACAACGGUCUGUAUGGAGGAUACUACGGUGCCAAGUACGCUCCGACUGUGGUCCAGGCCAACGUGAACACUCUGAAGACGGUCAGCCCGCUGGGUCUGUAUGGAGAAUACGGUGUGGAGCACGGAUACGGACUCGGUCACGGAUACGGCUACGGAUACAACAACUACCUCCCAGUCCAGGGUCAUGCUGCGAAGUACGUUGCUGCCAACCCGGGAGCCGUCCAUGUGGCCCCUCUGCCAGGCCAUCUGGUCAACCAGAAGUCGAUUGUUGCGUAAAGUUUGAUACUCGAAUUGUAAAUUGAAGUGAAACAUAUGUUCUUUCGUUGUAUAUAAAUAUCUUCAUGCAAGGCUGUUAAAAGCAAUGAAA